UGAACGGUUCUAUUUACGGAAUCCCCGAAUACCAAAGUUUUCAGUAUACUUUUACGUUUCCUACAAUUCUGGCGUUGAUCCCAUUGAUUUAUAUGCCACCUACCAUUGCUGUAAUGUGGAAAAUUGUCAGCACUUAUUGGAUGGUCCAAAAUUGCUCCAAUGAAUAAAUAUAUUUUCAUCUGCAUUGCGAUGCUAUUUUUCUGUGUGAGUUGAUUUAUGCAACGAAAUAUUUAAACUCAAGAAGCGAAAGAUUUAGAAACGUUUCCUAUCAAUUUACUGAGUAUUUCGUUUUUCAUGUUUGAGUUUCUUCGUGGCUCUAUUCCUGCAACUGGAAUAAUCACUUCAUGGUGUGCGUUUGUCGAACCAAAUCAUUUUAUAAAAACUAUUUUCUUAAUUUUUAAUAUUUUAACUAUUCUGUCUUUUUUCUUCCAUUCUACUUGUCACUGUUCAGAGUGAUAAUCUUGUUACGUCCCAAUAAUCACUUUUUUGUAAGGAAGUAUUAGUUCACAUGGGAAUAUAUGUAUACAUGUACUAUUUUUUCAGAUCUGCCCAAAAUUAAUGAGUAUUUUAUUACUUUUGUUGUUUCUUAUACCAUUCGGAUGUACCGCUUUUAUGAUUCCCGCCGUUGGUUACUGUAGGAGUAUGGGACACCCGUUCCCAUUUGGUUCAGUUUAUCUAUAUUAUUCAGGAGGCUGGCCAGGGGUGAGUGCUUACUAAUUAAAAGUGUAAUGAAAUGGGAAUUCAGUGGAGAAACUCUUACAUUCAUUUUGUAUUAUCAGUUGUAUCCUGUCUCUUGACGCUUUUAUGCACUUCUUUGAUGCUAUUUAAAUUACGACUGGCUAAAAUCAAUAAUAACGUGUAAGAUUAGUGAUUACUGUAGUUCAGUUCUAUAAUUUUGAAUUUCAGUUCGACAUUCACCAAAAAAAGUUCAAUACAAGCAUAACGGUCUAUAACUUUAACAAUAAUUGCAUCGAUGGUUCCAUUUGUCAAUAAUACUAUUACAACAGUUCGAUUUUUAAUUGUUUUACUCUGGUUAAAUACACCUAGAUCUUUCAGAUUUUGUAUCUCAAUCUUCCACAAUACGUAUUUUACUUUGUUAUUUUUAGACCAUUUGGGAAUGAUUUAGAGACCUGUAUUACACCAUGGAUGCUAUUUACAACCCAUCCGAUGUUCAACGCAAAUAAAAUCAAAAUCAACUCUAAAUCUACACUUUCUGUGUUAUCACCGGAGACUCAUGUAUUAUAAA